UAAUACAGUUCAGUGCCUCGGCGAAUCUGUUUGAACUUAGUAAUUUAAGUAUUUGAUAAAAUGUAUCGUUAUAAAUGUUGUUCUGGUUUUGCAACUAUUGCUUACAUAUUUUAUAUUUUAUCAACAUUUUAUGUUUUUGCGUCGCAUAUGAAAUCAUCGCACCAUCAUCAGGUAAAGAUCCGAUUGUGACUGUAAAGGAAGGCCAGCUCAGAGGUUCAGUCACAAAAGCAAUACAAGGGUUUUCAUAUUACAGUUUUAAAGGGAUACCGUAUGCUCAACCUCCUGUGGGAAAUCUCAGGUUUAAGGCACCUCAACCGCCACAACCAUGGCAAGGCAUUCGAGACGCAACUCAACACGGCCCCAUAUGCGCGCAGUUUAACGUUACCUUCCAAGGAUCCGAAGAUUGCCUUUUCCUUAAUAUCUACACACGAUCACUGCGACGGAAUGCUAAGCUCCCAGUUAUGGUAUUCAUCCAUGGUGGAUCCUACUACGAGGGUUCCGGGGACAGUGACACGUUUGGAGCAGACUUUUUAAUACAGCACGACGUGAUUUUGGUGACCAUCAACUAUAGACUCGAACUACUAGGAUUUUUAUCUCUUGAUACACCAGAAGUUCCUGGUAAUGCUGGCAUGAAAGAUCAAGUAGCUGCAUUGAGAUGGAUUCAAGAUAAUAUCAAACAGUUUGGCGGAGACAAGAACAGUGUAACGAUAUUUGGCGAAAGCUCAGGGGCGUCAUCGGUUAUGUAUCAUAUGCUAUCGCCAAUGUCCGAAGGUUUGUUUCACAAAGUCAUAGCGGAGAGUGGCACUUGUAUUGACGAUUGGGCAAUAGCUACGGGUGCCGUUGAGAGAGCUUUUAGAGCUGGUGAGGUUCUAGGAAAGAAAGCGAAAAGUAAGAAAGAAUUACUUGACUUUUUCCGUAGCUUGGAUGCCCCGAGCCUCACAAAUCUGACUUUCCGAACGCUAACACCGGAUGAAGAAUAUCGGGGCCUUCCUGAAAAAUUUAUUCCGAGGAUCGAAUCUAAGUUUGAAGGCGUGGAAGCCUUCAUUGACGAGAAUCCGCUCUCGUUGCUAGUCAAGGGAAAGAUAAACAAGGUGCCUUUAAUGUUCGGAUACAAUUCUGGCGAGGGCCUUAUACUUGUCGAUUACCAUAUAACCAGACUGGAUGUUUACAAUCGCCAACCGUCGUUUUACGUACCAAGAGAAUUAGCAAAGGUUAUAUCUGAACAAAAGUUACACGAAUUCGGCGAAAGAAUCAAAGCCUUUUACGUCGGCAAUAGAAAUAUCACAAAGGACGAUAAAAAUAUUAUCAGUGAUAUGCAAACGGACAUGCAUUUUUCUUAUAACACUCAUAGAUUCGCCUACUUGUAUAGUGAUCUAGCGGAUGUUUAUUUAUAUAGAUUUAACUAUGACACUGAAUUAAAUAUCAUUAAAAUUGCACUCGGACUGAGAGAAUUAGAUGGCGUAAGUCACGCUGAUGAACUAUUCUAUCUUUUCUACAAUUACUUGAGCAGGCCACCUUAUGAAUCUCAAAAGAAGAUACGGGAUAUUGUUUUUCAAGUCACAAAAAUGUGGACAGACUUUGCAAAAUAUGGGCGCCCUGCUUCACGCAACUGCUCGGAAAUUCCUUGGACCCCAUACACUAAAGCCAAAAAAGAAUACUUUAACAUAGGAGAGGAAGCUUCACUUGGAUAUUAUGCUGAUAAAAGAAGAAUACAGUUUUGGGACAAAUUAUACGCUGAAUCAAACGUUCCACAUAUUGGGAACUAGUUGUCAGUUGAUAUUUAAAUAGCGAUACAUAUACUAGUUAAUAUUUGAAAAUAAGUAAUUGGUGAUAAGUAUA